AUCACAAUCUACUAGUAUUUGUUUCAUUCACUCAUCGAGUGUCGUAAAAAUGUCGUGAUAUUUAUUAUUUCUUGUCAAAAUCAUGCACGGCAAAAAAUUCGAUAAAAGAAAGUGGAUGUUAAUAGUUUUAAUUGACAGAAAUUCUAUGUUUUGCACCUGUUAAUGUAGAAAGUGUUCUUGAUGAUCGUGCGAAUUUAUAUUUAAAAUAAACAUUUCUCUAGAAUCGGGAAGGAUAUGAAAUGUAUACUUUUGUUGUGAUCCCGAGUGUAAAGUUGCUGUUUUGAUUGUGUUUCUUUUAGUUUUGAGUUGGAGGUGUAAUUUAGUCUUGGAAUUUGUGGAAGGGCAGGUGGGAAGUAGGUCAAAUUAGACGAGGUGGCGUAAACAAAGUGAGCCGGUGCAUCGUAUGUUCUAGAUUUAAAUGGCACGAUUAGGUUUGCUUGAGGGUCACUAAGGACGAUGGAGAGGUUGUCUCAUGACCUGAACCUGGCUUUGGAGGAGAGUAACUGUGGUCGGCAGGAGCGGAGGAAGCUCGGCCUCCGUCGACGGACCAGAUCCGCCGGAAACUUACCAGCCGCAGUGACUGUAAGCCUAGUUGAAGAUGGGAGCUCCAGCAGUCCACCACAAGCCCCCCUCAUCACGCAGCCACUGUCAGACUCUGAUGACCCUCACCUCAGCUUACACAAGUCCAGCCUUAAGUCUCGACAUUACUGUCAGAUUGGCAACUUUGAGUCGGACUCGUUCAAUGAAAACUUCUCUCCCACGAGACCGGCUAAUGCUAGGAGGAAACGGAAGUAUAAGAAAAUGCCAGUUGAGUACACGGAUGGGAAAAGGACACCGCCAAUUGAGAUUUUGAGUGUUACUACUGAGCCAAAUGCAUUGCCUGCCACAAUAAUACUUCAGAGCCAAGUGCUGUCCCCGGCUAUACAUGUAAAUAAACACAAGACAAUCACAAAACCUGACAGCUGUUUUUUCAGAAAUGCCUUCUGUGGCAAAAGGAAAUGGUCUCACCGGGACAAGGGCGAUGUUUGUGAAAUGAGAGAGAGGUCCUUCAGUGGGGGUUGCUCAUCGAAAUCAGCAUAUUUCUCUAAAAACGACUUUAAGUCAAGGAAAUACGACACAGACCUACCUAAAAAGGAACCGGUGCUACAGCCAGGCAAAAUUGUACUUAAAUCUCAGAACGCAGAAGGCACAAAAUCGACUGUACCUACAAACACGCCCUCAUUACCAGGAAGUUCGAGUUUCAACUUUGUGUAUAAAAAUACUUCUAAAAACGGUACGCCUACGCUGUCGAAGUUGACGGGCUACAAAAUAACAACAGACCUCCCGCCCUUCUUUAACCCCACCACGAGUACAGGAAAGAACAGUUUCGACGGAAAAUAUCACAGAAAGUUUAAAAUGUUGAACAAGACACACCCUCCUUCGCUCAGAAAUCCUUUAUUGUUUGACGACUCUAACAGCGGGAUGGAUUGCGCAGGAAACGAGUCAAGCUCUUUGAGCAGUAGUGAUUCUGAUGGAGUUGUGACAAAUGAUAGUGACAGAGAAGGAGAUGACGAACUCACAGACUGGCCUGGUAUUGAAGAGCUGAAAGUUUUCAAUAAAAGCCUCACGUUUAAAUCAUCGAAAUCAGUGAAUAACAAUUCUCCUAAAUCUGCCAGUAACAUGCCACCGCCGAAACGAUUGAAAAAAGAAAAGUUGCUUGUAAAAAGUGGAUGGGCUAGUUGCAAAAACAGGUUCAAGAAGAAACGGGCUAAAGUGGACUCAGGGAACGAUGACGACGCUAUGAUGUCCGACUCUAAAACCGUGGUCGAUUUAGAAGACGAGGCUGUCUCGAAAGACAGCAGAGACAUCCUACAGCCGCAUUCCUCCUUCAGCAGUUUCAGUGAUAUAAAAAACGCGGGUGUUUCAGGACAAAAUGCGAAUGAGUCGUUUUUUCAGUCCUUUCAGGCCUUUCAAGAGAAAUCGGGGAAACAGGAUGAAUCGUUCAACCAGACGCCACGCACGAAUUUUUCUCUACAGAAAACAUCGUCGAGUGACUUGAAUUUGAGUGAAAAGUCUCCGCAGAGCGACCAUUAUUAUAGUGAACAUUCUAUGGGGAAUGCUGUUGUGACGGAAGUGAGGGAAAUAAGAGCUGGCUGUCGCAGGAUAAGGGACGAAAGGCCGGGGUUUUUGAUCCUGAGUGCUGCUAAUGAGCAGCUUUCGAAGUUCCUCCAAGACUCUUGCCAGACUGAACUCAAGCUGCCAAGCCUUAAUGAUCCUGAGGAAAAGGAGAAGUUGGAGUCGCUGGCUAAGCUGUACUCCUUGGAACUCCAAGUGGAAAUGGGCCGACCGGUUCUGAGGAAAACCAGCAACACAAUGCAAGCGAUUCGCGUCGAACAUUCCUACCACAACUUCCCGUCUGACCACAAGCGUCGUUGCUAUGGCGACGACACAGACACCAGCCUGUCUCUGAGCGACCAGAACUCCGUGAACUCCAUCAAUGACCUUGAAGACAUCCAGGACACUCCGCAAAGACUCGACAUGACUCCACUAGACUUGGUAGAUACAUUCUCACAUACUUUAGUCGAUAAGUCGCUUUUACACCCCGGCGAGAUUGAUUGAACUCGUUGAAAAUUACAGUAGAAAUUGAAUUGACUAUUAUGCGGAUUACGAUAUACGUUAUAACUUUACGUUUUCAUAAUUUAAUUGCGAAAUUUUAUUAGAAUUACCCCUUUUUAACAUCGAAUAUUGCGUAAAGUAAAUUUCAAUUACCGCGUUAUCUAUGCGUCAGGAAAUAUUAGCGCGACCAAACGGUUAAUACGAUAUAGAGGUCUGUAAUAAGUAUGUUGUUCUCACUAAAUGAAAAAGGUAACAGAAUACCUAAGUGAUUUGACAUACAAAUUCAAAAGAUAAUAGCGCUGAGCGUGUUAAAAAAAUACUAUUUAUAACUGUUUCUUAUAUUUUUAACGACUGUUUAUUUAAGGCUGUUUCUUUAACUUGCGUCAAUGUCAGCGUAAACAAAGGACAUAGCAGAGAAAGGUUUAAUUUGUUUAUGAUCAAUGCCGAAAAGUUUAUUAAAGGCUAUUUAUUUUUGAGCCUCGAAAAUAAUAUCAAAAUAUCAAAAGUUGUUUAGAUACAGGCGCGAAACCUUAUGGCUUUCAGUUUGUUUUUGUUUUACGAAGAAUAAAAGGUCUUUUGAAACAUCAAGAAGCCAUAUUGUAGCCAACUUUUCACAAUACAACGCAAGAGGUUUAUGUAAGUCACGUGAACCUUAAGGAAAGUUCUGGAAAAAUCUCUCAUUUUGAAUAGACGUCACGUGAAUUCAUUUGCGAAACCCGAAAAUCACGUGAUACCGUCCUGGGACUCGCAAGUGAAAGGAAAAAUGUUUCUUUAACAUUAGCGUUUAGAGUAUAUUUUUUCUCUUUAAAACAUUAUGUUGCGACAUAUCUAUCUAAUUUGCUCAUUCCUUUUGUCUGUAAUUUAGUUUUACGGUUUUAAUGUCUCCUUCGAUUUGUAAUCUUGUCGGUACUUCCGAAUUUUAGUUUUAAAUUUUAGUUUAGGGACCAGCGCUAUGUAUUGUUGGCGUUUAUUUGUAAAGAUAAAAUCAUCAGUCAAAAGUUCUAGUUAAAAUGCGUGAAUUCUUAAAUAGUUUUAGGUGACAUUGGAUGAAUCGGCAACUUAAUACUAAAACAUAAUGUAUCAUAUAUAUAUUUUUCCACAAAGUUAGUUUAGGUAAACAAUGCACACAGGGGUGUCCCUCGAAGUAUGGAUUGAUCCAAUCUUCGAGGAACACCCUCUUUUACUUUAUUUUGUAUGUAUUUCUGUAUAUUUUGGUAUGACAAAAUUUGCCAUAAUAUAGCAAGGGUAUGACUUGAAACUGAGGCAGUUUGGUAAAUCUUGCCUAAAAUCUAGGAUAGGCCUGGAUUUGCCCCAAUUAGGCUUUAGCCUAUGUGAUCUGUUAGCACUAAAUAAUAUUUAAUUAGCAUUUAUAUGUUUAUAAAAGAUAUUCAAUAUUCAUUCAUAAAAAUAAAUAUUUAAUAAUUUUGGUUAAAUACAUGGACACUUUACGUAUUGUUUUUCUUAGGAAUAGUAUGUGUUUCGUAGGAACUUAAAGCCUAGUAAGCCUAAUUACCCCACAAAUACUUAUUAAGUGCAUUUGAACGUAAAAUCAUUUUAUGUAAUGUUUGCGGAUAUGUUUUUUAAUGUAAGUUAUUUUGUAAAGGAUUGUAAUAAAUGUAUAGAUGGACAAUUUAUUUUUCAAAAUUCCCCGCUGGCACGGGUAGUCAGCUCUUAUGAGUACAAAUUGACUCUGGAGCAAUUUCGAGUAUAGUCUAUUUUAUGAUAAUGAUUAGCACAUUAUGGCGUGUUUCCAAUGGUGCAGUACACCAUAUCCAAUAUGCUUGGUAAAGUAAUAUAUUUUGCCGGUCUUGGAGUCCCACCAGUGGGAAUACCGCCUUCAUUUAUUUUGAAAUUUAAAAAUUGGAUUUCGUUGCGCUUUUUGGUCAUCCGAUUUGUAUUUAUAGUGUUUAUAUUGCACGUUACUUGUGUACUAGAUUUUAUUGUGAUGCGUUGAGUUCAUUCGAGUCUAUGUAUCGUUACAAAACAUAUGGUGGUCAUAAUUUGUUUUGUGUUCUGUUAAAAUGUACUGUAUGUAUAUAGUUUACAAGUUAAAGUGCAUGAAACGACAAUAUAAAGCCUCGUACUUAAUAUAAAAAUUGCAAUUGCUUUCGUAGACAUAAUAAACACAGAAUGAUUUAGUAAACUCAUAUUCAUAUAUGUUGAUGUUUAUAUACAGAGUGUUACUAAAGUACGCCAGUAACGCUGAAGUGUAAGAUAGUUUAAGACAAGAAACAUUAACUUUACAGAAACAAUUUACAUGUUUCGAAGCCACAACUGAUGAUGAAUAGAUAAUGUGAAGGUGUACUAAUCUGUAUCUUUACAAAUUAACCCUAUGUUCGGGUUAAAAUAGGGGAUGGUAAAAAUUUUACUUAAACAUGCUCUGGAACUAGGUACCGGAAAGAUUUGAUAUGUAUAAAAAUUAAAAUUAAUUUGAAUAAAUGUAUAUGAAAGUGAAAACAUAAAACUGUAUCAUAAGUAAGAAAGAUAAAAAUUAUAACUGUUGAAAAAUUCUUACCUUUAUAAAAAAAGCUUAGGAAAUCACUUAGCUCAUAAUUAACUUUUUCACUGAAGUGUUUUCACUGUUUAAUGGGCCGGGAAUCGGAUGCCAAAUGCGCAAGAGAUAAUAUAACUAUCGAUGCCAUAUGUUGUAAUCAUAACUAACUGUCGAAAGAAUUUGUAACGUACUGUCCAACGUAAAAAUAAUUAAAAAAAAAGAACCUCGAAGUAUGACUUCAAUUUGUGUAAAUCGGUUGAAAAGACCACCAAAAUAUUAAAAAAAAUAAAACAUUUUUAAUCAUGUAAAAAAAUAUAAUGAUUUACCUUCGUGCACGUGUACCUGUGUGUCAAAUAUAUGUAUUAAAUAAUACGCAGUAAAAUUAAAUAAAUAAAUUAGAUAUUAGUUACUGGUUCUUUCGGCAGUCAAUGUCUGUUUGUAUAUUAAAAAAUGGCGAGUCGAUCGCUCCAAAACCUAAUUUUAACGGAAGUUUCAAGACUAAUUAGGCCGCGUUUAAACUGGCGUUUUACAAGCGUUGCUGUUGAUGCUUGCUUGAUUCAACACUCGUAGGACGCCAGUGGAAUAGCGGCCCUAGGCCUAAGUUCACUGACAAUAUAUAGACAUCUGUAUUCCUUAAAACAGCUGUUCUAUGAAUUAAUAAGUAUCUGUAAAUCUAUACUAAUGUUAUAAAGAGGAAAACUUUGUUUGUUUGGUUGUAAUGGAUAAACUCAAAAACUACUGGACCGAUUUUAAAUAUUCUUUCACCAUUAGAAAGCUAUAUUAUCUGCGAGUAACAUAGGCUAUAUUUUAUCCCGGUGCGGGCAGUAGCUCCCACGGGACGCGGGCGAAACUGCGGGAAAACAGCUAGUCAUUAAUAAAAUGAAAAGUAUACAGCUUGUAUUGUUCUAUUGAUAAAAUAUAUGUAUUAUCUGUGGAUUUGUUGAAGCAGUCGAUACUUGAGCAGGGUUUUUCUAAGAGGUGGUGAACACGAAAAUUCUUUA